AUGUUGACAACUCGGUUACUUGCCACUCAGGGGAUAGCUUCUUGCGCCAUUCGUCACUUGAGCACCACUCGUACGGCAUUCUCUUCUUCUUCCACAGCAUCGACGACCGGUGACAGUGCCAAGGUUAUCGGCAUUCUCGACGCUCUUAAAAACACAUCGCCCCAGGAAGAAGCAUCGUCCAACAUUGGCAACCUUAUCAAGCAUGCUGCACAAGCACAAAAGAAAAAAGACUCCUCGUCAGACUUUGAUGUGAAUAGCAUCACUCAACAAUUGUCCCGUGCUUCAGAAAACUAUCAAUUACAUAUCAAUGCCUCGCCAAACAACACCAUCAUCACCCUUACACGACCCAAUGGCUCGCCUCUUAUCACCACCUCAGGCGGAUCCGCUGGAUUCAAAAAGGCUGCUCGCAGUGGAUACGAAGCUGCCCAUCAAGCAGCAUUGCAACUCUUAGAAAAGAAGGCAGCCAAGAAUCUGAAUCCUAGAAACAUCCAUGUCAUUCUCAAAGGAUUCGGUCCCGGUAGAGAAGCAGCAUUCAAAGCCCUCGUAGGCGAAAAGUGGAACAUCAAACGUAUCACGGAUGCAACUCCUGUGCCUUUUGGUGGAUGUCGACCCAAGAAAGCAAGACGAUUGUAG